CAUUCACAAGCCAAUCACAAUCAUGGUAAACAGAAGAUUGCGUCAUUGUUAUUGUCGUGGUUCGUGGGCUUCUGUUUUAUUCUACAAGGUGGACGUGGUAUUCGUACAUGCAUUCGGUUUAAAUUGUGUUGAUCUCGACCGGAGACUAAUAGAGUUCGUACAAUAUGUCGGUUUCGAAGGAGAUUUCCUCGGAGGAGUUACAAGGUUCUUGGGUAGAGCUAAGCUUCAGUGGUUCAAGCUCCCACACGACGGGUUCCCAGGACGACCAGGGGGAACAGAGCCCAUCCUCAGGCCUGGAGGCUGACGUAGAGAACAUGCUUCUGGAAGCACAACAUGAGUCGGCCAGAAACAGCUCAAAGGGAAGCUCUCAUUGUAACAGCCCACUCCGAUCACAGACUCCCCUUAUACUGUGUAAGGGAUCGGAGGCAAACAGCUCACAGUCAGAAGAAGACUUCCAAGAAAGGAGGCGUGAAGUGGAAAACCUGAUGGUCAGGAACGCAGACUGGAUAUGGGAUUGGUCUAGCCGACCCGAGAACAACCCGCCCAAGGAGUUCCUGCUGAAGCAUCCCCCGCCGCGGCGCUCUGCCUCCUCCCUCAGCAUCAGGAACACCCGGGUGAUGAAGAGUGGGGGGGUCCUCUCCCCUCACUUCCUGAAGCUCUUCCUGCCCUCGCUCGUUGUUUCACACAUACUGGCCAUUGGCCUGGGGAUCUACAUCGGGAAGCGUUUGACCUCACAUAACACCUACUGAUUAUGUUGCUGUUUUAAGCUCAGGACAACUCCGGUCAUGCCGGGUUGGAUUGCGCAACUAGGCAUGCGUCAAAAACUACAAACAAAGCAAAAAACAAGGAGGAGAAGAGACAGCUGUGUGUCAUGCUUGGGUUUGGCCGAUUCCUCAAUGCUCAACGGUUUAGGGUGAGGUCCCAAGCUCCAGUCAUUGCUAAAUCACAUCGUCGUAUUCAUGAAUAUGUCCCCACACACACACUCGCUAUAACUCCAAAACACCAGGCCUGGCAAUGACCUUUUUGCCAUUUCCUGCUCCCUCAAAUGUGCACGAAUAGGAACUGACAUGGAAAGCUGUCAGUUCCUGUUAUAGUGGGGGGAAAAAGAUGAUGGUUGCCUCAGAGUGAUCUGCCAUCCAGUUGAUUGCUUCGUUGUUGUUUUUUUGUUGCAUUUAUCAUGUUUUGCUCCGUUGUCUAUGGGAUCUGCUUAUUUUAAGAAUGGUUAUUAUAAAUAAUUAUAAAUGAUUCACAUGUAAAAUUGACAAUGCAAGCAAAAUGUAAUCAGACUUUGUAUAUUGAACUGUGAUUGUGUCUUCCAUAAGCUUUAAAUGGACCUUUGUUUUCAAGCUUUUACUCAAGGCAAUAUUAAAAAAGGUAAAUGUUGAA